UCUGAUGAUUGUCAAUGACAAAUGUCGAAUUGGGAUGAAUUAGAUAAUUCUCGGUCACUUUUUAAUUUCGCAUUUAAACACACCAUAGGUGUUCCAGUGUAUUUAAUUAUGGAUUAGUUGAUUAACUGUUAAGCACAAAAUUGACAUAAUUUUGAAAUAGAUUACAUUUAUCUCGAUCGAACGAUUCUUAUUUUUCAACAUGGUGGUGGGUGCUUUUCCUAUAGCUAAACUCUCCGUGUUAUUGGUGAAACAAAUAAGUAAACCCAUUGCAAAUAUUUGUAAGGAAAGAGCGAAAAAUAGUCCAUUUUUCAGAACUUAUGUUUGUAUGCCUCCCGCGCAAUUUUAUAACUGGUGCGAAGUUAAAGCGAAAAUGUGGAUUUUAAACUUAGGAAAACCAGUCAAUAUUCCAGUCCUAAGUCAAGAUAUGGCUAUUGAAUUAGGAGCUAAUCUCCUUGGUGAAACUGUUAUAUUCGUUAUCGGCGCUGGUUUACUAAUCAUUGAAUACAACAGACAAAGCAAGAAAGAAGCAGCUAAGGAAGCUAAGCGCGAAGAAGAAAUGAAACAUAUUACAGGAACUAUAACAGACUUAUACUUCACUGUUCAACAACAGCAAACACAACUUAGAGAAAUGGAGAGAUUAAUUCAUUCAAUUGGUGACAAGAAACCAGAUGAUCCACCAAAAAAUCCUAGUCAGAAACCCCCUGGUGGCUCACCACCAGGAAUAACUUCACCCCCAAUCCAACCCAAAACUGAAAACAUAAGUUAUUCACAUUAUAUACAAUCGUCAGCACCAUACCCCAAUAAUGGCAUUAUUUUACAAUCACUCAACUAUAUACAAAUGGAUGUAUUAAGUUCUAUCUUUGUCAAUCAAUCUCCUGAACAAGAAAGGAAAAAGGUUGUAGAAAAAAAUAACAACUGUCAACGAGAGCCUGCAAUACUUUCAGAGGCUCUUCAUAACAUAGAAAAUAAUUUUAGAAGUUUGUUUUGAAAAUACCAAUGAAAGUAUUUUAUAAUGCUAUUUAUUUUUUGUAGAGUUAACAUAGAAUUCUUACAGAUUGAUAAUAUGCAAAUAAUGGGUUUUUUAAUCUGACAACAAGUGACACCACUUAUCCCGUCAUAAAGUGGUAUUUACCCAAUAUUACCCCAUUCUACUACUAAAUAGUUGGUUACUUGGUCUGCUCAGUGAUACAUGGGGCGCUCAAAUGGCCGCCGGCCUGUGGGUUGCCCCAAGAAAGCCUGCUUAGCAGCUCAAUCAUCUCAAUCAUCUCCCUAUGCAGAACCAGUUAAUAUCCUCCAACUGCAACAAUCUGACCAAAUAGGGCCCAGUAUUUUCGGAGAACUUUGUGUUCUGUUAUAAGAAGUUUCAUUUCUUCUUUUUGUGUGCACACCCAGGUUACACAACCCAUGUAUAAGAAUCGGCCUUAUGAGAUGUAAAUUUGGAACUUAGUAUGUCUGCUCAAUUUGUACACAAAUAUCUUGUGUAGGC